AUGAUCGCACGUGCCAAGUACAUUUUGAACCAGAUGGGCCCGAUGGCGGAGAAUUGCGCCUUCUUGGUCGACGGCUACGUGGCUGGCGGCACUGCGGUGACCGUUGCGCGCCGCAACUUCCCGAAGCAAUUCUUGCACUACCACCGCGCCGGCCACGGCGCAGUGACCAGCCCGCAGACGCAGCGCGGGUACACCGCCUUCGUGCACACCAAGUUGUCGCGCGUCAUUGGUGCCAGCGGCAUCCACACGGGCACGAUGAGCUUUGGCAAGAUGGAGGGCGACGCUUCGGACAAGAACAUCGGAUUCAUGCUGCAAGACGACGUCGCCGACGGCCCCUACUACCGGCAGGAGUGGGAGGGCAUGAAGCAGACCACCCCGAUCAUCUCGGGUGGCAUGAACGCCUUGCGGCUGCCUGCGUUCUUCGAGAACUUGGGCCACUCGAACGUUAUCCUGACGGCCGGCGGUGGGGCCUUCGGGCACAAGGACGGGCCGAAGCAGGGCGCGAUCUCAUGCGCCCAGGGCGAGGAGUCGUGGAAGUUGUGGAAGGCAGGCACCUACGGCGACGUGAGCCUGUCGGACGGUGUCGUCGAGUACGCGAAGACGCACGAGGAGCUCAAGGGCGCGUUCUUGACGUUCCAGAAGGAUGCGGACCAGAUAUACCCGGGCUGGAAGGAGAAGCUCGGCUACACGGGCGAGUCCUCCGUCCAGGCAGCCAGCUUCAAUUGGCAGAAGAAGGAGUUGAGUUGA